CAACGUGUAAACUUUUUUAAAGAAUCCGGAAGCAUUCAAAUCCAUUCAUUGCAGCCAGAUUCCGAGGUAUAAACGUAAUUGCGCUGGACUAGCAGUAUAGCUUUUAAUUCGACAGUUACAAUGCCUAAUAAUAUACAAUAAGUUGGCAAGCGUCAAUUUAUUGAAAAGUGCGAUAUUUACGAAUUUUUUCGGUACGAUCACUUUUUAAAAAAGAAUUUACAAUUUUAUAAUGUGUUCUCCCGGUAAUCCACCUUGGCCGAUUGUAUAUCCUUUCGACGAAAUUAUUGCCAAGUUUCUUGGAGAACUAACGGAAGAGGAAAUCGAAAACAUUAGAGAAAGUUACGCAUUGUAUGAUGAUGACGAUUCCAGAGGUCUCAUUAAUGCUGAAACGUUCAAGACUCUCAUGACUGAUUGCGGCCAAAAUCCUACAGACGAGCAAAUUAAGGAAUGGAUGGAAACGUUAGAUGAAGAUAAAGAUGGAUUAAUUGGUUUCCCGGAGUUUUUGACUCUUGUUGCCGAUAUAUUAAGAGGUACCGACGACCCUAUUCCUCUAAGGGAAGCUUUUCAAGCAUUGGACCGAGAUGAGGAUUUACACUUAUUUUUUGAUCAUUAUCAACUGUGUCGCUCCUUCGAUUUUGAGGGUUACAGUGGAUAUAAUUUAGCAUCGGAAUUGAACUAUUACAUAACACAAACGGAAAAUAAAAUAACUCAAGAAGAAUCCUACGAGAUGUUCAGAGAAUUGGAGAUCGACUGGGACGGUCUCAUACCAUACGAGAAAUUUGUUACUUUACUGUCAAACAGAAAUAUUUAACAGGCAAUAUCGUGCUGAAGAAUUUUUAAUAAAAAACACAACAAAUAAAUUUCUUGAAGUAUAAAAACAAAGCAGCGUGAAAUGUAGCAACGAAAUCCGCUUGUUCCAGAUGACAUUGAUCAAUGCAAUUUUUAAGCCUAGCGGCUCUUUUCUUGUUUUCAAUAAAUCAUGCUCACAAUUUAA